AUGUCGAACAAUAAUCCCAUUGAAAAAGAAGAAAAAGAUUUUUAUAGUAAUCAAGAUGAUGAUGAUAGUACUGAAAGCCCAACUAGCGAUGAUAGUGACAGCACUAUCAGCUUUUUUGAAUCGAAUGAAUUCGAUCUCGCUAUCAUGAGUUUGGCAGCUCUUAACAAUAAACGAUUGCUAAAGAAUACCACACGAAACAUGAUAAAACGUCCACGCGAAGGUUACAUCGAUCGAGAUAAAUCGAUCGACCCUUCUAUUCCGUAUUAUAUCCUGCCGUCUCUAGGCACCCAUUCUAGCGUGUAUUCAAUAUAUAAUGAGUGGUAUUAUGGAUUGCAUGGUAUGCCCUCGAUUCAACAGUUAAUUCGCGUGUAUGGGCACGAAUGGGAAAAAGAGAAUUAUGGCAGGUUAUAUCGCAGGAAGUAUUUAAUUGACGAAAUCAUGAUGCGUGAGACGGAUUUUGGUACGCGAGAAGCUUUGGCGAGUCUGCAGUUGCUAAAGGGUCAAAAAAGUUUGAACUGGUUGGUGGAUAUCCAAUUGAAAGGUUUUAAGAUCAAGAAAAGAAGUGAAUAA